GAGCUACGGGAACCUUGGUGGAGCGGUGGGAUGACCAGAGGGCUGGGAAAGAAGAAGAAAGCGUUCUCUUCCAGCGAGAGGAAACUGGGAAUCCAGUGAGAACCGGCCAGCAGUGCCAGGAAGUAAGAUAUUCACUACCAAUGACCCAACGCCUAAAAGAGAGGGCGGCUCCCCGUGUCACAUGAUGCUGCGAUCACGUGACCCCGCCCCGCGGGAGCCAAGGCGCGAUCCAGCUCCCGCAGCCCGAGUGGGGGGGGCCGUUGUGCCCACACACCCCAGCCCGGCUCGACCAUGCUGUCCCGCCUGCUCAAGGAACACCAGGCCAAGCAGAAUGAACGCAAGGAGCUGCAGGAGAAGAGGAGGCAAGAGGCCAUCACCGCAGCGACCUGCCUGACCGAAGCUUUGGUGGACCACCUCAAUGUGGGUGUGGCCCAGGCCUACAUGAACCAGAGGAAGCUGGACCAUGAGGUGAAGACCCUACAGGUCCAGGCUGCCCAGUUUGCCAAGCAGACAGGCCAGUGGAUUGGAAUGGUGGAGAACUUCAACCAGGCACUUAAGGAAAUUGGGGAUGUGGAGAACUGGGCUCGGAGUAUCGAGCUGGACAUGCGCACCAUUGCCACUGCCCUGGAAUACGUCUACAAAGGGCAGCUUCAGUCCGCCCCGUCCUAGCCUCUCUCCACCCUCCCAGACGGGAGGGAGACUGGUAGGGCCAUCAAUAAAACACAAGCUUCCAUUCUA